AUUGUGAUCGACCAGCACAACUUUCCCAGGGAGCUGUCGGCAUGCCUUCCGCCCUGAGCUGCACUGCUCAGCUCUUCUCGUUGCCCGCUGUCCCUCAGGCCUUCAAAAGAACAGCUUCCUCAACUGUGCGCCAGCAGCAGAGCAGGUUGUUUGCUGCCAGGUCAGCAACCGCGCCGCAAGUGUCAGCAAGUCCCAGCUCAUUGUCUGCUCAGCUGGCCUUCCAAAAGGGCGCAAUUGCUCAGCGCACCCAGGCUGAUCGAGCAGCAUUCCGAAUAGCUAGACUGCACUCAGCAAUUCGCUGCUCGUCCACCAUGGCAGAAACUGCGGCAGCGACGUUGAAGUAUCCUGAGGUCAGGCGUGAUGAGACUGUGGUCGAUGAGUUUCAUGGAAAGCACCAAAUUGCAGACCCAUACAGAUGGCUUGAGAACCCCGACGACGCUGAAACCAAGGCAUUCGUGGACGCCCAGAAUGAGGUGACCCAGAAGUUUCUGUCUGAAUGCGAGACCAGGGAGAAGUUCAGAGAACGCAUGACUGCGCUCUAUAACUAUCCCAAGUAUGGCACGCCAUUUCGGAGGGGCUCAAAGUACUUCUACUUCAAGAACACGGGGCUGCAGGCCCAGAGCGUGCUGUACAUGGUGGAGUCUGUGGACGCCCCUGAGGAGUCCGCCCGCAUCCUCCUGGACCCGAACACCCUCAGCUCCGACGGCACCGUCGCGCUCUCCUCGUACAGCUUCAGUGAGGACGGCCAGUUUUUGGCGUACGGCCUGUCCAAGGGCGGGAGCGACUGGCAGGAGGUCCACGUGCUGCGGGUUUCGGACGGCCAGGAGGAGUCGGACGUCCUGAAAUGGGCCAAGUUUACGUCGCUGGCGUGGACGCACGACAACGCGGGGUUGUUCUACAAUCGCUACCCGGAGCCGCCCAAGGCUGAGGGCCUCGACGCCGGCACGGAGACGGCUUCCAAUCUGCACCAGAAGUUGUACUACCAUAGGCUCGGUACCGACCAGGCAGAGGACAUCUUGUGCUACGAGGCGCCUGACGAGCCCAAGUGGAUGUUCGGGGCGGAGAUCACGGACGACGGGAAGUACCUCAUCAUCUCUGUGGAGGAGGGUUGCGACCCUGUAAACCGCGUCUUCUACUGCGACCUGGAGGCGCUUUCUGGCGGGCUUGCCGGCGUGACGGGGCUGCUGCCAGUCGUGAAGCUCAUUGACAACUUCGAGGCGCAGUACGGCUACAUUGCGAACGACGGGACGUCCUUUGUGUUCCAGACGAACAAGAACGCGCCUUUGUACAAAGUGGUCCGGGUCGACCUCACGAAGCCGGACUCCUGGGAGGACCUGAUCCCCGAGUCGAAGUCCGACCUUCUGGAAUGGGCGCACUGCGUUCACCAGAGCCUUCUACUAGUAUGUUACCAGGCCGACGUGAAGCACGUGCUGCAGCUGCACGACCUCGCCUCGGGCCGCCUCCUCCGGGGGCUCCCCCUCGACAUUGGCUCCGUCUCCAGCGCCACCGGACGCCGCCAGGACUCCCAGAUCUUCUACUCCUUCACCGGUUUCCUCAACCCGAGCACGAUCUUCCGGGUAGACCUGGAGCAGCCGGACGCAGCGCCGACGGUGUUUCGGGACACGGUGGUUGGCGGGUUGAACAAGGACGAGUUUGAGACGCGGCAAGUGUUCGUGCCCAGCAAGGACGGGACCAAGAUUCCCAUGUUUGUCGUUUCCAAAAAGGGCAUCGCUCUGGACGGGAGCCACCCCGCGCUGCUGUAUGGCUACGGCGGCUUCAACAUUUCUCUCACGCCUAGUUUCAGUGUUGCGCGUGUCAUCCUGAUGCGCCACUACGGCGCCGUUGUUGCUAUCGCGAAUAUCCGGGGGGGAGGAGAGUACGGGGAGACGUGGCACAAGGCGGGGUCUCUUGCCAACAAACAGAACUGUUUCGACGACUUCCAGGCGUGCUCCGAGUACCUGAUCAACUCCGGAUACACUGCUCCUGCACGGCUGGCCAUCGAGGGCGGCAGUAACGGGGGCCUGCUCGUUGCAGCCUGCAUCAAUCAACGGCCGGACUUGUACGGGGCGGCUCUGGCCCACGUGGGUGUCAUGGACAUGUUGCGCUUCCACCUGUUCACGAUCGGGCACGCUUGGACGACCGACUACGGAUGCGCCGACAAAGCGGACCAGUUUGAAUGGCUCAUCAAGUACUCGCCGUUGCACAACGUGCGAAGGCCGUGGGAGUCCCCGUCCGACGGCGCCCCCGCUGCCCGACAGUACCCCGCCACUCUGCUCCUGACCGGGGACCACGACGACCGGGUGUCACCCCUCCACUCGCUCAAGCUCAUCGCCACUCUCCAGCACACGCUUGUCAACAGCGCCAACGGGAGCCCCCAGUCCAACCCUCUGAUUAUCCGGAUAGACACGAAAGCUGGCCACGGAGCUGGCCGCCCCACUCAAAAGAUCAUUGAUGAGUAUGCAGAUGUCUACAGCUUCAUGGCAAAAGUCACGGGAGCAAAGUGGACCGAUUAGGAACCUUGUAUUGACAUUGCGCCUGCAUUUGAGGGGAGAAGAAGCACACAUGCGGAGCAGAUUCAAGUCUGCAUAGGAGCAGGCAACGCAGCUGACAUGCAGCUUCCUUUGCCAAGAGACCGGGGCAUCUUUUCUGCUGAGUUGCUAAGUCACAUUGUUGUGAAGGUAUGAUCAAUUUUAGCUAGUUCCAAAAAUUAGACCGCGCUGCCACAUGUUGACGUUCGGCAUCUACUCAUGUAGCUGGCAUGCUCAUCCUUUGCGGGCAGCAGGUUUCAGCAAUGCGAUACAAUCGGAGAGCUGAAGCUGGAAACUACGCUGUGAGCGUAGAGCUUAUUCGGGC